AUGAGCAAGAACGGCCAGAUCUACAGGUCUACUUACUGCCGUCGAUUUCUGCUGCACUGUCAACGAAAAUCGAGACCAACUACUACUACCAUCACCGUCGAAGAAAAACAGCAAGCAGAAGUACAACUGAUUCGCCUUGUGCAACAACAAACUUUCGCCGCCGAGUGGAAAAAUCUUCAGCAGUCCCAACCUGUAUCAGCAAAAUCUCGCAUCCGUUGGUUUUACCCCUUUCUAUCGACCGAUCAGCUGAUCCGCAUCGAAGGCAGAUUGAAACACGCACAACAACCUUAUGACACCAAGCACCAGAUUUUACUACCGUCCUCUCAUCCCCUAUCGACUUUGCUCAUUCGCCAUCUCCACGAAAUCAACUUACACGCAGCACCGCAACUGCUGCUCAAUGUUCUCCGACUGCGGUAUUGGGUCACGGGGGCCAGAAGCCUUGCCAGAAUGAUCGUCCAACACUGCGUGAUUUGCGUCAAAGCUCGCCCUAAGCUCGUUCAACAAUUUAUGGCCGAACUUCCCGUCGAACGAAUCACCGCUACCCGGCCAUUCACCAUAACAGGAAUCGAUUAUUGGGGCCCAAUUUCGCUAAAACCACUCCAUCGUCGAGCAGCACCAGGCAAGGCAUACGUCGCGGUCUUUGUAUGUUUCUCUACGAAGGCUGUCCAUCUAGAGCUUGUGGGAGACCUAAGCACCACCAAAUUCAUCCAGGCCCUUCGACGCUUCGUCGCACGUCGUGGGCUGUGUGCCGAAAUCUUCAGCGACAACGGGAGAAAUUUUGUAGGUGCCAACAACGAACUACAGCAUCUUGUCCGAAGCAAUGAGCAUCACCGAUCAAUCACCGAAGAAUGCGCCAACAACGGGAUACGAUGA